CUGAAACUGACAACUGUUUUGUGGAGCUGCGUUUCCGCUUAGGUGGAAUCAAGGAAGUACUUACUUAAGUAGAAUGGUAAUACAAAAAUACCUAUCCUAGGCAUGACUAGUUACCCCAUGCUCGCUACAAGAACACGAAAUUUUUGAGAUGCAGUCAAACAUCAACGAUAUUCGGUACAAUGUUUCCAUCGAUUGGUUUGGUGUCGAUGAAUCGAUUGUACAACGCCAAAUGGACUGCAUCGAACAACAAUUAGCAGACAUCAAUGCAAGCAAACUUCCUGGACAAAUUCGCAUGUAUGUGCGUGGAAUCGUGCCGGAUGGACAGAAAGAAGCAGAUUAUGUGGCCGCGGAAGAUCCUACUUCUCGCCGAGUCAUAGGUUCCAGAAGUUCGGUGGAUGAAUCAUUCCAUGACCGUACCGCGCACAACCAUAAAUCCUCAACAUCGUUCCCACAAGCAAGCAGAAGCACCCCGUCAGCCAGUCCUCAUCGUUCCCCGAAAACUUUACUAAAGCCGUUGGGUACGACGUCCUUGAUCAGUUUUGGCAGCCGUUCUCGGGAAUCCCAUUACGAUCGAUCGGAUGAUCGGAACGCAUUCUCAGAUUCCGAUCCGUUUUACGGGGCACCUUUUGAAGACCAGUUUGAUACAGUUUUUCACGGCGGUGAAACCAUCGACAACAGUGGCGAUGCGCCGGCUCCUGAUAAUUCCGAAAAAAUAUCACGGACAAGGAAGUCGAAAUCGCAAGGAAAGGGGAAUAAAGUCCGAGCUCCAUCUGCCGGACAAUCCAGUAUGGCGUCGUUAUGCGAGGAUUUAUUCAACACACCGCGGAUGGCAAGGCGGUCCGACGACGUUCUGGAAGGAGAAAAGACCUUCAAAAAUUCAAGUACUCCCAUCUCAAGGAAUAGUAGAAAAAGCAGUGAGGACCUGCCAGAAUCAAACGAUGCGCCGGAUGAGGACGACGCAGCAAGCAUCGCGAGUAAUGACAGUGCCGAUUCGCCGGCCAACCUUACGAGCCCUGCGCCAUCCCUGUCAGAUAUAAAAGCCUCGGACUCUUUGAUCUAUCAUCAGAAGAACCGUGUUAAAGCAAAAAACCGGUCGUCAGCACGGAAGCAGCGUAAAAAGCCGUCAGCAGAUCGACCAACCGCAAAAAAGGCAAGGAAAUGACAGCUACUUUGGAAGAGUGUGGAAUACGCACGACUGCGAAUAAUUUGCGAAUUUAUUUCUCGGUUACGGUUAUUCGUCGACCUACUUCCAAAAGUAUUCAGUUAAGGCCUACGGCCUUGAUGUCGGUGUGUGAGCGGUCUACGAUAUUUUUGCGACGUAAAAAAAGUUAGUUUUCGUUUGUUUUGGCCGCAAUAUGUGCUAGCCAAUUAUUCGGUGUGACUACGGUUUUCAUUACAGAAAUGUAUAAUAUACAUUGUUCUAUUGACCUUAUACGCAAAACGGUGCGGUCCGCACUCUGCGGUUGGUAUAAACUUGGCAUAUGG